AUGUACAUACACAGAAAUACACACGCACAGACACAUGUACAUACAUACACAGACACAUGUACACACAGACACAUGUACGUACAUAAACACACACACACACACACAUACAUGUACAUACAUGCAGACACAUGUACAGAUACACUCAUGUACAUACACACAGACACAUGUACAAUUGUACAUGCAUACACAGACACACACAAACACACACACAUGUACACACAUACCACCCCCCCCCAUAAAAAGUUGCAGUACUUCGUUGUUCACUCACAGAAGAAGGUACUGAACUCUAGGGGGAGGCAGAGAGCACAGCACACACUCCUUGCUUUGCUUUCAGCUAUUGAGCAGUCUGACGACUCCCAGUGCCAAUGACAGAUCCGGUCUGAGCUCCGAGCCUGCUCAGCAAAACGGCCCUAAGGGACACACUCGCCCCCACCAUAAUUUCCACUCACCAUUAGCGCGCAGGCGAGUGGAAAUUUCAAGCCCUGGUAUAA